CGAACACACACACACACACACAGACAGGUGCCAAAGUAAAACCGCUGGAAACUUUGGCCAUGGCGGUGGCGGCACGCAGAAACGGCCGUGGCGCGACGGCACCGGCCGCCAUUCUGGCGCUGAGCCAGCUCCUCCUCCUCCUCCUCGCCACCCACUCGGCCGCGUGCGGCGGGUACUCGCCGUGCCCCAAGCCACCGCCCACGCCGGCGCCGUGCCCGCCGACCCCGAGGGCGCCCACGCCCAGCGGCGGCGCGGGCGGCAGCAGGUGCCCGGUGAACGCGCUGAAGCUGGGCGCGUGCGCGAGCGUGCUGGGCGGGCUGCUGAGCCUGGAGCUGGGCCAGGAGCAGCAGCAGCAGGGCUCGUCGUCGCCGUCCGGUUCCACUUCCACCACGCAGCCGUGCUGCCACCUCCUGGGCGGGCUGGCCGACCUGGACGCGGCCGUGUGCCUGUGCACGGCGCUGCGCGCCAACGUACUGGGCGUCGUCCAGCUCAGCCUCCCCGUCGAGCUCAGCGUCCUCGUCAACUCCUGCGGCAAGAAGCUCCCGCAGGGCUUCCAGUGCUCGACCUGAUCGAGAGCACUCUCCAUGCGUGCACGAGCGCAUGCAGAGCAACUGGGCCUCAAUUUGCUAGUAGGUGAACGCUGUUAAUUUGGGCCUGUUCGGUGGCCUCUUGUUGUGUGUAGUUGUGUCGUGACUCGUGACAAUCCUGUGCUGCUAUGGUGUUGGUACGUUCGCUCUGGGCUAUCGGGAGUAGGAAAUCGUGUUGACUGUUGCUAAUCUGUUGUAAGAUUGUGAUCAUUAAUUAUGCAACUCGUUUCUGUAUUCUAAACGUUCACUUCUAGUGAAUCCACCGAACUA